AUGUUGUCUUGGCUUCUUCGGUCUUUACCACGAUUCCCCCUUGGGCGAACAUGGAGGCCACUCAACUUCUCUAAUCCGAACUUCGGCCGGAUCUCUGCAAAUCAGAUAGUGGAAGAGGAAACUCUACCCGAUUAUAUUGCAUCACGCUACUAUCCUACUCGAAUCGGCGAAAUAAUCAAGGACCGAUAUCAAGUCGUUGGAAAAUUGGGAUACGGAACCACCUCAACUGUAUGGCUUGCGUGGGAUAUCAAUUGCCGCUCUUAUGUGACGCUCAAGAUAUUUAUCAAGGCUGCUUCCAUGGGAAAACAGCUGGAUGAUGAGCUCAAGAUGUAUCAACGGAUUGACAGAGCCUCGAAGCAUCCAGGUCGCAACGCGAUCAGGUCUCUACUCGACUCUUUUCAUAUUGACGGGCCCGAAGACAAGCAUCAUUGUCUUGUUCAUCCCCCAUUAUUUGAGAGUGUAUGGGAGUUCCUGCAUCGUAACCCCGUUCAGAGGCUGCACAUCAAGGCGAAUAACAUCAUGUUUGAACUUGCCGACAAUUCAGUCUUCACCAAGUUUGAAGAGGACGAACUCCAAAACCCUUCCCCCAGAAAAGAGCUAGAUGGAAGAUCGAUCUAUCUAUCCCGAGAACUCGAAAUGAUUCCGGGGAAACUAGGCGCCCCCGUUCUAUGUGAUUUUGGCUCGGCUAUGUUAGGUGAUGUAGAACAUCUAGAAGAUGUUCAACCUGAUAUUUACCGAGCGCCAGAGGUGAUCUUAGAAGUUCCGUGGUGGUACAGUAUCGAUAUUUGGAAUGUAGGGUGCAUGAUCUGGAACAUCUUCGAAGGGGGCUCGUUAUUUACAGGCCAUGACCCUGAAUUCCAGACAUAUCAGAGUAGGGCGCAUCUUGCUGGGAUAAUAAAUCUCCUUGGCCCUCCCCCACCCAGCCUUCUUGCCCGGGCCAAGCAAAGCCAAAAGUUCUUCUCCAACUCGGGAGAAUUUCGUGAGGCGGCUUUAUUACAAGAUCUGACUCCGCUCGACCAGAGGGAAACAACCCUUGAAGGUGAGGAUAAGGAGAGCUUUCUACGUAUGAUGCGAGCGUAUGAUGCGAAGGAUGUUGCAGUGGGAGCCGGAGAAGCGUAG